ACAGACUACAAAACUACACUUCUAGAGAACCAGAAAAAUGAGUGCUUGGCAAUAUUUGAGAGAACGAGCCAAGCCAGGUACUUUAGGCAAUGGGCUGGGUCUUGUUAAUUUGGUCGAUCAUCCAUUACCAUUAUCUUCCAAAGCAAAAGGAAUUCUUUUUGGUUAAACUCCUCACAAAAAAAGAGUAAGAAGCCGAAAUCUUUUCAGCCAUCCUUCCUAUUGUUGAUGCAAUGACAUACCUCAAUUCUAUGCAUGACUAGAGCUCAGUUGAGAAUUGCAUGAGAAAGGGAAAAAAGGAGGUAUUUGGCAUAGCACAACCUGUUCCGCAACUAUGGGUAUUGAAUGCGGGGGUCAGGUUGGAAGAAAAGAAAUGUUUUUCUCGGGCACACAAGAGUUCUACCAGUAAGAACGGGAAACUCAUGCACAAGGGAAGCUUCUAUGGUUUACCUUCAUGGGCCGUCAACUACUUCAAUAUUUACCACACUGAAAGAGUCUCGUUCAGGAUAUAUUAAUCUACCUAGGAGGGCUUGGAAGUCUAUGGAGCAGCAGAGUUUGAAAACUUUUUAGUAUUGUUUCUAAACUUUGGUGAACUUGGAGAUUCAGAAACAAUUGAAUUCGUACACAUGAGCAGAACUUGCAAAUUGGAGUUGCAGUCUGGAGACUAUAAUUUUUUGCGUACUUGUGGAACUAAGUUUUUACAUCUUGAAAGAGAGGACUUAUAUAAUGAGAAGGGGAAUGGAAUAAACGACAUAAUAAGGAUGAGGUAAACGCUUAGAUAAUAUCCACAAGAUACAGACAGGGUUUCUUGAGACGAAACACUGCGACCAGAUGGUAACAAGGAUUUGAAAGGUCUAAAAACGUUAGUAGAACGCAAUAUGAAUCACGUCAGGGAGGCGAGUAAACGCAACACAUAUACAUACAACUCAACAGGUGGUGACGUGCUGUAUGCCACGCCCGACGAUGGAUACCACACUAACUCCACCGUCGACGGGUACUACACUGUACCUCAGAAGAGGAACAGUAGUAGUAGCAGCAGUUACAGUAGCUCCAGUAGCAGUCGCUAUGGAAACAAAUACAGGACUCAACAAAGCCAGAAAUCGCAGCAAAAUCAUGUAUUAGGAAAUUCUGUGUCGUACGACGAUGGAGGGGGAGACGGAAGCAGUAUACAUAGCAACCAUGGGAGUGUCCAUAGCAACCAUGGAAGUGUCCAUAGCAACCAUGGAAGUGUUCACAGCAACCAUGGAAGUGUUCACAGCAACCACGGAAGUGUUCAUAGCAACCCCAACAACUACCAUCAUAAAAGCAACCAUGGCAACCAUGUAAAUAACAACUAUGUAACCAAGGAAACCUCAAGAAGAUAUCAGACAUGGAACGGGAGGCAUCGCUCGGAUGGAAUUGAAGCAGGCCGUGCAUUGAGCGUCGAGCCCACAUUGACAGCCACUGAGCUCAGCCAGCCAGCAGUGGACGAACUAAACGUGAUGGCAUAUGCCGCUGGGUUCCACAGGGCCAAGCCCGUCUCGGAAACCUUCCAGACCAGUUUUGGAGCCGAGACAUACGCUUCGAAAAAAACGACAGAUUGGGGAUUGUGUGCUAAGAUUGACUUGAGCAGAUGCACUGGUUUAGAUACUAACCCUACCGGAGAUGCACACAAUGCUAAAACAGAUGUACCGGUGACCAUACAUGUGAGAGUAUUAGAUCAGCAAGUCUCCAUAGAAGACAUCUCGGCUCAGAUAGAGGCACCUGGCAGCCCGGUCCCCAUCAGUCUAAAAGCUCUGAGUACUGAACUGGUUGAAGUACAGUUCACCCCGCUUGAUGGAGGCAUGCACAAGGUUUCAGUAAGAUGUCGAGGGGAGAUGGUGAGAGGGAGCCCUAUUAAAGUCAACGUACAGAAAGACAUGUCAUCUUACCCAAAGAAUGUCAAAGUUGGAGGAAACGCAAGCGCUUUCAUCGGAGAAGAACUUCAGUUCCAAGUUGAUACACAGGAGGCGGGGCAAGGCGAUAUCAGCGUUGACAUCACCAACGGCCACACCCGACUACCAGUCCGCAUUACAAGGGAAGGGCGUGUCUUUACCGUGCAUACCAGGGCCAAGGAUGUAGGCUCAUACGUGGUUGAUAUCAAGUGGAAUGGCCAGUCAAUAACAGAUGACCCAAUGAGGAUAUCAGUGAGGGAUCCUUCCAAGUGCAGAGCGAUGGGGGAAGGCCUGUCUAGAGCGAGGGAGGAUACACCGGCAAUAUUCACUGUGGAUCCCAUCGCAGCAGGGCCAGGAGAGCUGAGAGUACAGGUUGAAGGACCAAAUUCUAUGGCUAAAGUAAGCGUUGAUGAGAACAGGGACGGUACCUACACAGUGACUUACAUACCAGUGGAAGUGGGCCUAUUUACACUCAAGAUUUUCUGGUCAGACAAACAAAUACCAGGAAGUCCAUAUCACAUCAAAGUGACCGAUCCUAGGAAGGUGAGAGUGGUCAAGAGCAGUAUCAAGAAUGACCAGACGGUCAACGGAAUGCACAAGAUGACCAGAAACAAAGAAUUCAAGAUCGUCUUCGAUACAAGUGAAGCUGGACCUGGUAUGAUGCAAGCAGACCUGGACACACCUACCAGUAGGGUCCCUCUUAAUAUCGAACCAGAGAUGCAAGGCAGACAGAGUGUAGCAUUCAUACCAGAUGAACAAGGAGCGCACGAGUUGAAAGUGACAUGGUCAGGGGUCCCGAUAAAAGGGUCACCACUCAAGCUCUACUCCAAGACAGAAGAGAUUCCAAUAGAUCAUACCAAAGUACAGGUGAGAGGAGACGGAAUGGAGGUCGGCAAGGUCUUCAAGAAGACGGAGUUCAUCAUUGAUGGAUCAAAUGCAGGGCCAGGUGUGCCAAGUGUAAGAAUGAGUGGUCUGGAUGAAGAUAUCAAUGUCACACUCACGCAUCUUGACAACCACAGAUACCGAGCAACCUACACUCCAGAAAAACCUGGUACCUAUCUGCUUCACACUGCCUGGUCGGACAGGCAAGUCAACGGGUCACCUUUCAAGGUCAACAUCGCAGGAGAAUCUCAUGCCAACCGUGUGAAGGCUUCUGGAGCAGCACUGGGAAUGCUGGUUGCAAAUAACACCUCAAGACUUGUCAUUGACGGCCGUGACGCAGGAGCUGGUGAUUUGACAGCUCGGUGCAUGGGUCCUAGUCAGAUGGCAGAGGUACACAUUGGUGAUAACCAGGACAACACAUUCUCACUCCUCAUCACUCCAAAGGAACAAGGAAAACACAUCUUAGAGGUCAAAUAUGGUUCAGAUCAUAUCCAAGGGAGCCCUUUUGUUCUCAGAGUGGCUGGUGCCCCUGAUGCCAGUCAGGUGGUCUGUCAUGGGUUUGGACUAGAGCAUGGCAUCCUGAGCAAGUUCAGAGGGAGGUUUGUUUGCGAGACGAAAGGAGCGGGGGCAGGUCAACUCAAGGUCAGAGUUCACGGCCCCAAAGGUGCAUUCCGCGUUGAAAUGAAACGCAACGACACGCGCGAUCGUACGAUUGAUGUCCUCUACAACCCUGUCGAGGUCGGGGAUUACACCAUCCACGUGAAAUGGUCGGACAAGCACGUUCCGGGAAGUCCGUUCCUCAUAAAGAUUGUUGACAACGAAGAGCAGCUGCGAGAGGUCCAAGAAAAGUUCCCGACAUACUCGACCCGAGCACGCUACGGAGGACGUGAAAACGGCUGGGCGGAAGAUAUUUAAAAAAUCCUAUUCCUAACAGGGAGCUGUUUCACAAAGGGUUAAAAGUGAUUUCAAGUCAUGCCUAAUGCUUCAGUUACACCAAUUCUAAACCGACUGAUGGUGUGCCAUUGGUAAAUUGCAUAAUGGUUUUCGGUGGUCUGGAUCCCGUGUCAUAAAGACUUUUUGUUAAUAGCCAAAAUGCAUAAUUUCUAUAACACGUUUACUAUCAGCCAUUCAGAUUGAAGGACUUCAGUAGCUUUAAACUGAAAGUGUAAAUUUGUCAUUGGAUCAAGUUUUAUAAAACGGGCACCUGGAGUGGAUUUUGCCUGUAGCUUAUGUAGGAACAUGCAUGCGGUAUACUAGUCUGCAAGCACAGACUCAAAUUUGACACUUUAACCAAACCAUGUCUACAGUGAAGACUAGACAAUUCUGAAAUCUCAAGUAGAACCAGCCACAGUACAUAGUGAAUAUAGUGAGCACGACUUCAGACUCUGCAUUGUGCGCUAUGUGAAUUGAGAAAACCAAGGGUCUGUGCUCGCAGACUAGUGGUAUAUAACACUUGCUAUCAUUAAUGAAUAUGCUGUAGCAUGCAACCCCUAAGCAUGAUGUGACCAAAGUACAUUAUAGUCAUGUAAAGGCCACUGCACACCUUACGACUGUUCGCGAUCCGAUUUUGGAACAAAUCGCAUUUUGCUCAUUUUCUGAAAACGUGAAUGGAACAUAUCAUUUUAUUUGAGGUUAAAAUUAAUUGAAAGAAUACUAAUAUAACCAUUUUGAAAGAUUGCAAGCCUUUAUUUUGGAAUAAAGGCCAAAUUAAUUUCAAAUCGUAGCCAAUCGUACGACUGCUAUGACGUCAUUAUGACUAGAUAUUAAAUUUGCUUUUAUUCUAUUAAGGAUGAUAGCAUAGUCACAGAUUUGAACAUAAGGUAAUCGUACGAUGAUUUCGAACAUUACACAGUAAGAUAUUUCAAGUCUCAAUAUUAACAUCAAAUUCUACUACGUUUUAUUCCAAAAUUGAGUCACAGACCAAUCGUCAGGUGUGCGGUGGCCAUAAUACAUAUCAUAAGCGGUAAGCAACUGGGAAAUAAAGCUUGAUCAUAGGUCACACUAAACUCUUUGUGAAUCAACCCAAGAUUUGUACUUUUAACAAAAAUAAUUAUAUGUAUAUAUUGCUCAGUAAUUUGCAAUGUGACCAAAUGAAAAGAAUCUAUGUACGUGUACCUCCCCAAAUACACAUAUCCCCUUACUUAAACUUUGUAUAAUGUUUCCUUUCUUUUGAUUUAAUUUUGACCUCUAAAAUUGACUAUAAAGACUUCUAUAGUUAUCAUCCUCUUCAGUGGUAUCACUAAACACAUCUGGCAAUAUAUACGUUGGUAACACCACAUCUGUGAAUAUCAAUUAACACGUCUGUGAAUCAGGACAUCUGUAGAUAUCAAUUAACACAUACACAUAUGUGGAUAUCACUUAACACAUAUGUGGAUAUCACUUUGCAUCUGUAGAUAUCACUCAACACAUAUGUGGAUAUCACUUUACAUCUGUAGAUAUCACUUAACACAUAUGUGAAUAUCACUUUAUAUCUGUAGAUAUCACGUAUCAGUGGAUUUUUUUGUUUAUACCUGUACUUAUUUCCUUUACUUCAAAUACUUUGCAAAGUUUAUGAAAGAUAAAAUAAGAACUACAAAUAAUAUUUGGUAUGAAGCUGGUGAAUUCUGUGAACCUCUAUAUGUACAGAUAAAAAAAGUCAUUUUUUAACAUUAUUUGCUGCUUGUAAAAAUGCUUUUAUACAAUACAUUAUGAAUGUGCAAAUAGAUUAAUGAAUUUAUGUUUUAGAAAUGAUAUAAUCUUGUGUUUAUGUUUUAGAAAUUAUAUAAUUUUUUGUUUAUAUUCCACUUGCCAUGGUAUGAAAUACUAAUAUAUUUAUGAUAGUCUGAUAAAUUAUUAUGUACAUGCUUGAUAGGUAAAAGUCUUGGCUGCCUAAAUCCUCUUAUACUCCAUUAUCAGUGAUAAAAAAAACAAAAAACAGUAUGGUACAGCUCUGAAUUUCAGCAUCUUCCUUAUAUUCAAUUCUAGUCAAUUUCAAAGGGUUUUGCAGUUUAAUAGGAAAGAUACAAUUCCAAAAGUUGCAUAUGAAGACUAGCAACUGCCACAGCCUUUUGUCCUAAAUGUUUGUGAAUUGGCACAAGAUGAUUAUCUGGGUGGCAUUUUUCAAGCUUAAAAAUACUUCUCAACUUCAAAUAUCAACAGCUAUCCUCAUAAGGAACUACAUGCACAUGUUGUUUUGAUAAUACGGCCUAGACUAUCUUUUCAAGAUUUAUAUUUAACAUUUUGUAUAUUAUUCAAUCAUGAAAUUUAAUAACUGCCAUGCAUGUGUAUAUCUAUGUAAUCACAACUGUAUAUUUAUUUAUUCUCAUGAAUUAAAAGCCACAAUAUGACUAAUUUACACAUUAUUUUAUAGUAGAUAUAUGUAUAUAUGUGGUUCAUGUAGAAGCAAAUAUUAGAAGUGUAUUAUCUGAUCACAUUUAAAUGCAUUGUUAAAGUAAAAUUUGUAGUACAUGUACAAAGUUGGCGUUUUCCUUGGAAUUGGACAAAUUCAAUCAUAUACAUGUAUCGAUAUGUUGGUGAGUAGGUGUCUUUAGUUAUGAAUUAAAUAAAUAUUUUAUUGAUAAUUUCAUAAUUUAUUGAUAAUUUCAUAAUUUCUUUAAUGAAAUUAAUUUGACACAUUGGAUUCUGAUUAUACCGCAUUUACUUUUACAGCUCGGGUUCAAAUAAGUAGAAUAAAACCAGGAGUGUGUAGUAAAACAAGUUUUGUUUCAAGCAGUGUAGGAAAUAAUCAAGGGCAAUUUGGU